AUGUACGAGGACAUGGAAGAUGCAUUUGACAUUAACGGAGAUUUCUUCAACGCUUUGGUGUUGCUGCAUUCAACGGACGAUGAGAGCACAGAUAAGCUUCGGAAAAUGCUGGACGUAACCAUCGAAAGGAAGUAUGGUUACGAGAAAACUUUAAGAGCAAGGAUGCCCCAGAAAUGUUAUCACAAUACGAAGACUCGUGAAAAAAGCUAUCCUAUUGGAAAAUCGGGAAAACAAGAUAAGAAAUUGCGAAAAAAUGAUAAUGCUUCGAAGAAAAUGACAAGCGUAAAAUUUUCAGUGAAUGAUAAUAAUGUGACAGAGAAUAAUUGGGUACCAUUGAAGUCAUUUAACGCAGAAGUUGAAGAUUAUAGUGAAAAAGGAGAGAUUCCCAGAAUAUCAAUUCCGGAUGAAGGAUACGGGGAUGGACUUUUAUGCAAGAUUUGUAAUGGAGCAAAAUUGGGACCACUGAUUUUAUUGGAGUGUCAGGACUGUCAAGAGAUCUAUCAUCCCUUGUGUCAUCAACCUCCUGUCGUUGACAUCGAUGUGUACGAUCCCAGAAUCGUGUGGCGCUGUGGAAAGUGUAUAAGCACAGCGUUUGCAAAUUUCGCUGAUACCCCGGACGAGAGGAAAACGAAAAAAAUUCGUCAGCGAAAGGAUACUAAUAAAACAAAGGAAAAUUCCAUAACUAAAUCGAUCGAGAUACAAGGAAGUUUUUCAAAGAACAGAACAAUCACCGUUGAGAAAACUUCUGUCACGAUACAGAAAACCAAUGAUGGUAUCGAAGGAAUGUUGCAUGUAGAAGACUCUUUGCUUUCGAGUCAAGAAACGAAGAAUUUAUCUUCAAAUCAGUUGAAAAAACGAAUCGGCUCCAAGCUUUCAGUAGCACGUGUUGUAACUAAACAGUCAUGA